AUGACGCGAGCGACCCAUGUGCUGGAGUUGAAGCCCGUGAGUGCUGGCAUGUGCGGUCCACGGGAGAUGAGCGCUGGGCUUGAUUGUGCGUGGACCGGUCCACUGGAGGGAAUGGUGGACUUGCGGCCAUGUGCUGGUGAAUGGGUUGUCCACGAUGCGAAUGGGGGCGUUGAAGCGGCAGGGCCCAUCCGUGGGCUGGAGCUGAGGAAAUGCGCUGCCCAUUCAAACUUCCCUCUCUCCGUCCGCGCCUCUCUCCCCCGAUUCCCUUCCCAAUCAACGCCUCUCUCCCCCACUUCACUAAAGAGUGCCGGCAGCCCAGUCGGCAGCGGCGACGUCUCCUAUCUCCACCCAGUCGACGACGACGAAAUCUCCUUUGACUGGAACUCUCUUCAGAUCUGUGAAACUUGUCUCCCGAUCUCUUACAAUUCUGGUCCGAGACCCUUCAAAGAUAUUCCCUUUCUCAUUCUCUUUGCUCUCUGUGUUCUUUGCACUUUCGCUUUUGGAAUCUUCUCUGUUUCCCAUAGAAACCCAGAUUACACCAAUCUUUCUUCUUUUACAUAUGAAUUCAACUCAACUUCUUGCGUCAAGGACUCCCUGUCGUCGUCUUCUGUUUGGUUCUUGGAAACCCAUGUGUAUUAUUACUUACUUAGUUUGUGGAGUUCUGGUUUUUGGGAGGCUUUGAUAUGGAACCUUGUAGUUACUUUCAUUUUGAGUGCACCCAUUUGUUUUCUUUUUCUUUUGUUGCUCAAGCAUUACACCAAACAGAUUGUGUACAUCUCGCUUCCUUUCUUUAUUGUUCUUCCCAUCUUCUUCAAUAUUUAUUGGUUCGUUGCCUGCACAGUUAGCUCUACUUGCAUCGAUGCCUUCCCUUUGGUUUAUAGGAUUUUGGUGCUGGUUUUUGUGUUCUUAGUUAUUGGGGUCAUUAUGUGGAUUCUUGUAGCUAAUUGGCAUCGAAUUGAUUUGACUGUGAUGAUAAUUGGGGUUGCCUCUGAUGCACUGUCAAAGAAUUUAGCUUUAUUGGUGGCCUUACCGUUAUUGACAUUUGGUUUAGUGUUUUAUUAUGCUCCAAUUGUAGUAUUCUUGGUGUUUGCUAGGCUUAAUGGGAAAAUUGUGCCAAAGGAAUCAAGUGGUGAAUACACUUGUGUUUGGAAGCAGGACAGUUGGGUGCCUGCAUACUAUGCAUUGGCAAUUCUUGCAAUGCUGUGGUCUUUGACUGCAAUGGUCGAAACUCAGGUUUAUGUGAUCAGUGGGACUAUUGCUCAGUGGUACUUCACGAAGGAGGAUUCCUCUCCUAAGCGGGGCAUUAGAAGUUCUUUGAGAAGAGAAGCAAAAAAGUGUAGACAUUGAGAGCAUUUGUGAAUUGUUGGAUCUUGUACUUGGUUCCCAAUUCCGAGCCGAGGUUGAUUCAUUAAUUGAGUAUCUAAAGAUCCAGAGUGAUUACAAGGUGAUAAACUGGGACCAAUGGAUGAAUUUUCUUCGAUUUUUCAAGGAGGUUUUGACUGUAGAAGGUCUUGAGCACCUUGGGUUUCUGAUUCAAUUUGGUGAUAAGGGUUCUGAAGGAGUUUCAUUAAGUCAAGCUGCUCCAUUUUUUGCCAAUUCAGAUCCUGACAUGCCUGCAGUUCCUGUUCCUGUAGUACAAGUCCAUGAUUGGGUUUUGCAGAAUAUAGCCUCUGCUUUGGAACAUAUCACUGAAAGAAUUUCUGCAAAAGAAAAUGGGCCAUCGAGUUUCUUUGAUAAUGAUGUUGCCAUGGCUGAUGCCUGCACAAGUUCAAUCAAGGGCUCGCCAAGUGCAAGGGGAUUAAGUUUUAUUGAGGGGAUCUCUAAAUCUUCAUAUGUAAGACAAGCAUCAGAUCUUACCGACUUAAAUAUGGAUUAGCAUGAUGUCAUAUCUCA